UGUGUGUGGGUUUGUGUUUGGUGAGCAUAUUUGACCUAGAGAAAGAAUCCAGAUGCGUUAUCAACAUCAUCAUCAUCAUCCUCAUCCAUAAUUGAUUUUGGAACAACCACCGAAUUGAAUUGAAUUGAUGAUGCUGCUUCAAUCAACGACUUCAAUCCUACCAUCUGUAAAACUUCCAAUCUUGAAAUUGAAACCCGAGAGUGAGAGAUCGUCAUCAUCUGUGAGAUGUUCCGUUUCGGUGGCUCCCCGUUUACAGGCUAAACCCUCCCCAGCUGAGGUAUCCAGGACAAUCAUGGAGCUAUCCUCUGUGGGUACUUUCUCCACCGCCCAAGACACCACCUGCCCCCCACUUGCUCUUGGGGUCCGCUUUGCGGUUGAUCCUCAAGGCACACCAGUUGUUUGCCUUAAUGCCUCCUCUUACCAUUUAGCUGCCGACAUAAGCUCCAGCCUUAAUGUUCAAUCUGGCCUGCGAACAACACAAUGCACCAUCCAAGGUACCCUUCACAGGCCUCCUCCUCACCCUCUCUCCUUCUUCAAGUCGCUCUGGGAAAAGAGGUUUGGAGAAAAAGCGGACGCCGAAUUCAUUCAUAUUCUUGAUGUGGAACGGGUACUCCAAUUGGACAACUUCAUGGAGGAUGCUGUCUGGGUUACUAGUUCAGACUAUAGACUCGCAACCCCCGACCCACUCAGGGAUUUUGCUCACCAUCUUGUUCAUGAGAUUAACACACAUAACAUGGAAGAUGUCCUCCGCUUUUGCAAUAUCUAUGUCGACUCAGAUGUCCAGGUCUCAGAAGCAAAGAUGGUGUGGCUUGAUCGCUUAGGCUUUGACAUCCAUCUCUAUUCACCCGAAAAUGAUGUCUAUGAAGUCAGGAUCCCUUUCCCUAGGGAAGUCACUAAUGAGAAGGGUGCUAAAUCAUCUUUUAACGGUAUGGCCCAACUAGCAUGGGAAGUCGAAAAAAAUUACCAACCCUUGGAAUUUCACAAAAUUAAACAAUUGAAGAAGAUCGCUGCCAAAGUAAAGUGAGUAGCUAGCAAGAGAAACAAAACUUGUUUGAUAUUUGCCCUGCAUCAUUGAUUUUUAAUUUUUGUAAGACGAGUAUCAUUUUAGCUUUAAUCUAUAAACUAGCUUGUUUCAGUGCGGUA